AUGAUAACGCCCCGGCCUAAAAAUAUUGGUAUUGGCAACUCGUCAGUAAUUGGGAAUGUCGCUACAAAGGUAGAGAAUGUUGCUACAAAGGUAUUAACUUGUCAAGAGCCCGAGGCAAAACUGUCCCAGAGUUUGACAUCGACAUCGACACUGACACCGACACUGACACUUACACCACAAGCAGUAAUUUCGCCCAAUGUACCAUUUAAGGUAUCACCAAAAGAUCCAAGAAUAUCAAAAGCAGAGCCGGUAUCAUUCAUUGGGGCCAAUGCAGAUGUAAAAAGCGCGAUUUCUGCAUAUGUGAAAUUAAUCAAACCUAACUUAACAGUCUUGGUCACUUUGAGCUGUAUCUGUUCCUACGCAAUCUCUCCACUAAGUGUUUCUGUGACUGAAUUGUGCUUUUUAACUGCAGGCACAGCUUUAUGUUCCGGGGCCGCCAAUGCCAUAAAUAUGGGUCGUGAACCCGAGUUUGACAAACAGAUGCCCAGAACAGUUGGGAGACCGGUUGUACGAGGACUCAUUACACCGAAACAAGCUUAUACAUUUGCCGCAUUAAUUGGGUCAACAGGAUGCACGAUGUUAUGGUUUGGUGUGAAUCCCGUGGUUUCCAUGUUGGGCUUUUCUAAUAUUGUAUUGUAUGCCUGGAUAUACACCUCGAUGAAAAGGAAGUCAAUAUUGAACACAUGGGUUGGUGCAAUAGUUGGUGCCAUACCGCCAUUAAUGGGAUGGGCCGCUUCAUCAUCGUUGACAUAUCCCGGUGCCUGGUGUCUUGCUGGGUUAUUAUAUGCUUGGCAAUUUCCCCAUUUUAAUGCUUUGUCACAUGGUAUUGCUCAGCAGUAUAAACUGGCGGGCUAUGUCAUGGCAGCAGCAGAAAACCCAAAGUUGAACGCGAGAGUUGCAUUACGAUACUCGAUACUCAUGUUUCCCCUUUGUUUUGGCUUGAGUUAUUUUGGUGUGACAGAUUGGAUUUUCCCGUUUGAUUCAGCGAUUGCAAAUGGGUGGAUGGCCUACUGGGCAUGGAAGUUUUGGCAGCAGCAGCAAUUGAACUACUCGAACUCGAAACUAGCACUGGGGGCUACGCAAGAGGGUUUGGCCAUUGCAGGGAUACAUGCCAAAAAAUUGUUUUGGUGCUCCGUAUGGCAUCUUCCUGCGGUUUUGAUACUAGCUAUGUUGCACAAGAAGGACCAAUGGAGCAGGCUAUAUGAUUACGUGGGUUACAAAUUGGGUAAGAAAAGUGCUGUAUUGGAUUAA